AUGUCUGAAAGGUUUGCGAAGCAUGUGACGCAUGGGCCUAGACUGCAAAGGCAUCGAACUUGGACCUUUGCGAAAUCCGGGGGAAAGCACCAGGCGAUCCAGCUUGCAAAGAAGUUCGAUGGACUGCUCAAACAGCACCUGAAACGUUUUGAUUUCCUGUGUUACCAGCAAGACAAAGAGGAACGAGAUCUCUUUUUAAAGGAGCAUGGUGUGAAGAACAAACGAUCGAACAAGGUAAACAGGGAUGCAUUAGAAGAGGUGAUCUAUGAAGGCAAAUCACCAGUGGUGGAGCCGGAACUCACCAAGGGAAUUCCUACAGCACCCACACCGGCGAAGGCAUUGAUUGAGGAAACCAAGGGGCCUACGGCACCGAUUGAGGAAACCAAGGGAACUACGGCACCGACUGAGGAAACAAAGGAGCCUACGGCACUGAUUGGGGAAACCAAGCAGCGUAACGAGGAAGGAGUCUUCCCACAGUCGGAUGGUUCCUUUGUUUGUUACUUCGAUGUUGAUGGCAAAGAGAACCAGAUUUCCCAAAUCUUUCCGACUGAGAGUAAAGCUGAAUCUUGGUUUUCAUCUAUGUGUCACCUUCGAAAGACAGGGGGCUUGCGUGCAGCCUUGGGUGGUUUGAAAGCCGCGGUUGCAGCUGGCACUAGAGACAUGAAGUGCUACGACUCUGUGAAAGACAAGCACGAUCUUCCAGCUCCAGCGUCGGUUGCAGCUUUUCGCUUUGAUGACGGCAUCAACAUCUGGGAAGGCAUCAUGGGCAAAGACUUGGAGGAUCAUCAGCCUAAACUGCCGGAGGCAAAGGUUCGCGUCCAUUGUGGGUGUUUCAAGGCCAUUGUCAACAGUGUCCAGGGAGCUGGUAGGCAGAGAUUUGCACUUUUCCUUGGAAAGUGGUGGAAGGGGAAGGGUGCCCAAGCCACUUGGAGGGCAAACUGCACCAUUGCAAGUGCAUCCUUGGAUAUGCUCUCAUCGGCUGCAGCCACCAAACUAGCCGAGAUUGAGGGUAGCAAGGUUUUGGGCGUGGCUGUGGUUGACUACGUUGAAGAGAGAGAGAGGGCAUCGGGAGACAAAAAGCCGCCAGAAACUGUCUGCCAAUGGCUGCAAAAGUUCGAUGAGAACCUGGUAGAGCAACACAUCAUCAUGCAGGCUGACAUACACCCGCAGUCGUCAAAACAUCAUCUGUGGGUUUUUGACCGUCAAGGGGAUAGCCAGUUCCAAAGGGUGAGCAUGCCAUUCUUGAGCAAGCGCCUCAAGGAGGAAAACCUUGAGUUUAUAGAUGCGGAUGCGAAGAAGACCACUAGCCUGACAGAGAUGGUCAACGAGGUUGAGAGUGUGCGAAACCGUGAGGAAGUUCACUACACCAUCAUUCAGCCUCCCAAGACAACGGACUCUUUCUGGCACGCCUUGUACUGGUCGCAGGAUGCUGAUCGAAUCAGACAAGUGAGGACAGCCUAUGGGUGGCCUGUGGAACUUGGCGUGAGGAAGCAAGAGCUGGAAAAUGUUCAAGCUCUUCGGCUGGAAUUCUUGGACCGGCUGGCUGCCUUCCGCACACAGAAUCAGAACCUGUGUGCAGACAUGCACGCAAAGCUCGUCUCCCUUGAGCAUGGAUUGAGGAACGGGCAGCAGAUGAAAGUUGAUGAUCUUUGGCUUGUGGGGCAUCUGCUCCAGAUGCGCAUCCGUUGCGCCAUGGGGCUGCUCAUGCACUGCGAAGUCAAGGCAGUUCCAAGUUCAAUGGGUGUUCAAAUCCAUCAGGAUGGAACUUAUGGCCCUGCUGAUCGGCCUGUCAAGCUCCGAGUGUAUCAUUCUGCGGCCUUCACUGACGAAGCCAAGCGAAUUGCCCAGUAUGACUUGCUGAUCCAAGAUGAUGCCGGGUGUACAUUGCUGGCGCCGGAGAUUGACAUUGAGCAUGAGACUGGUAGUGUCCAGUCCGGAGCUGUGAAAAGUAACGAGGAGAUCGCUUCUGAAUUCGGCAUCAAAAAGAUCUUGCUUAUUCAGGAAAAGUGGCUGGAUUUGAUACUACAUCAUGGAAAACGUGUUGAGCUGCGCUCGAGGGCUGCGAACUUCAGAGGCAAAAUUGGGUUGGGAUGGCGUGGCAAGCUUUGUGGGCAUGCGAACUUGGUGGAUUGUUUUGAUGUGGAUGAUGCUUGGAAACGGAAAUUUGUGGACUUGCACAUGGUCAAGGAUGAUCCAUCCCUCCUGAAGAAGUACAACUUUGGCUGGCUUUUGGACCAGGUGACUGAGAUUUCCCCAAGCAUAUCCUUUGAUCAACCAAAUGGAUGCGUAGUUUGGAUCAGCCUUGACAAGCCUGGCAGCAUGGACGACUCAGCAUCCAGUGCCGCAUCAUCUUCAUAUUCCUCCUUUCAACCUGCUGCUGAGCGUGGACCUGCACGAGAACCUGAACAAGAACCUGUUGUUCAUGUCCUACGAACUUCCAUGUUUGUGAUGGAGAAGAUGCUGAAUGGGCUUUCUGGCAUUGUGAUCCCUGAUGGAGAGCUCCCCAGCGACACCAAUGAAUUUCUGGUGGCGGCAAACCAGCCAGAUGUGGUUGGUGGAAAAGUGACACUGGGACCGGCAGUCCCUGCCAUAUCUAUGGGCGUACUGGAAGCCAAGUAUGCAUUUAGCGUGCCAAUUGGUGCCAACAGAAGCCCACACACCUAUCGUCCAUUUGUCAAAGUGGAGCCAUUCGUGAGGACUCUCGGUACUGGCAGGAGCACUGACAGAAAGACCAAGCCUCGGUCUCAGCACCAAUUUCAGAAGUAUGCGGCUUCGAGCUUGAGAAGGACCCCGUAUCCAGAACCAGUGAGCGCCAAGAAAGUCCUACAUGAAGCGAUUGGCGAUCUCAUCGAGCGCUCGGGGGGCCCGGGAUCGCUCAGUUGUGCCAUCGUCUUGGGCGGUACCUGCGGCUGGGCAGACGUCAGUGGAAGCCUGCUAUGGAUUCCAGGGGCUCCACGGAUUGAGGUUCCUGCGGAGAAAUUUGCUGAGUUUCUCUAUAGCUCCCCCAGUAGCCAGGUCUCAGGGAUCGAGUUGAAAGGCUGGAAAGCGCCCUUGGCUGGCGCUGCAUUUGGCUUGUACAGCGUGCGAUGCACUGAGCGGCCGCUAUCGACAACUCUGCAUCUGGAGCGCCCGGCAAUGCCAUCGACUCUGGGACCGCGCGUGAAGAAAAGCCGCGUGCAGACUCCGUUUAGCGUGUCACAGCAGGAGUUAGGGAUUCAACAGGAUCUGUUGACAGCAGCCUAUGGUGCUGAAGUUCGACUCUCUCGAUUCCACCCAUCUGCCUCAUCUCGGAUCCUGCAAACUGUGCAGCGUCACCAAGCACAGCUGGGAGCGGUGAAUGCAUCUACCGCACUGCAUUUGUUAGCCCAAGCCGUUCCCAGCGCAUCCCCGGCAUCCCCCGUGUCCGCCAGCGUUGCUGGGGCGCUGCUGUCUGCAGCGUCACAACCUACGGCUGAGCCCAGGGACCUCGCAGUGGCCAGUUGGGCAUCUGCCAAGCUGCAGCUGAGCAACUGCGAUGCGCUACAAGCACUACAAGAUGCCAUCCAAGCUUCAGCUGAACGUCUGGAUGGUCAGGUGUGCUGGGCCUUUGCCAGCAUGGAUUCCUCAGUCGCCUCCCAACCCCAUUUUUUUGCGACACUGGCAGAUGCCGCGGUGCCCAAAAUUCGUGACCACUUUAGCGCUAGACAUGUGGCGAUCACGUGCUGGGCACUGGCCAAGGUCAGGCUGCCGCACGAUGACUUCAUCUUAGCGGCAGCAGGGGCGAUGCAAGGGUCCAAGGCGGAUGGCUGGAUGCCCCAAGAUCUCUCCAACUUCCUCUGGUCCAGCGCAGCGCUGCGGUGCGACCUGUUUGACCAGUCAGAAGGCAAAAAUCCAACGGUUUCCAGGAUGUGA